AUGAAACGUGGAGCGCUAAUUGUUAUCGAGGGUGUCGACAGAACUGGGAAGUCGACACAGGCCAAGACGCUUGUGGAAAAUCUUAAGAAGAAAAACAUCCAGGCAGAAUACACAAAUUUUCCAGCCAGGGACACAGAAGUUGGAAAAAUCAUAAAUAAUUAUUUGCAACUGAAGAAUGAGUUAUCAGAUGAAGUAAUACAUUUGUUGUUCUCGGCUAACCGAUGGGAAAGGGCUAAAAAUAUAAUAAAGACACUUGAGGCUGGUGUCACAGUAAUUGUAGAUAGAUAUUGUUAUUCUGGUGUUGCAUUCUCAGCUGCUAAAGGUUUAGACUUAAACUGGUGCAAGCACCCAGAUGUAGGUCUACCCAAGCCAGAUAAGGUGUUCUUUCUCACGAUGCCUAUAGACUCUAUCAAACAAAGAAAUGGAUUUGGAAACGAGAGGUACGAAGUACUAAACUUCCAGCAGAAAGUGUCAGAAAUAUAUACAAAGUUAAAAGAGGAUAACUGGCAUAUCGUGGAUGCUAGCAGAUCGAUUGAUACCAUCCAAGAAGAAAUGCUUCAACAGACCCUAAAUGACGUAGAUCUUGCGUCAAACAAAAAGAUAGAGAAGCUCUGGGUACAAGCGUGA